GCUACAACACUAUCCACAGUAUGCAGAAGAUACAUGAGCAGUCCAGCAACAACCAAGCUGUUCAUAAAWGGGGAAUUUCUUGAAUCAAAGACUUCAAAGUGGAUUGACCUUCACAAUCCUGCAACAAAUGAAGUUGUAACAAGAGUACCAGAGGCUACUCAGGAUGAAAUGGAGGCUGCUGUUAAUGCUGCUGCAAAUGCUUUUCCAUCCUGGUCAGAAACGUCCAUCUUGGCUCGUCAGCAAGUCAUGUUCAAGCUUCAACAACUUAUCAAAGAAAAUAUGGGAGAACUUGCUAAGAGCAUUACCUUAGAACAAGGGAAAACACUUCCUGAUGCUGAAGGGGAUGUAACUAGAGGCCUACAGGUUGUUGAACAUGCCUGCUCCAUUACCUCUCUCCAAAUGGGUGAGACAAUGCAGUCAGUAACUAAAGAUAUGGACACAUAUUCCUACCGUACUCCACUUGGUGUUUGUGCAGGAAUAACUCCUUUCAACUUUCCUGCUAUGAUUCCUUUGUGGAUGUUYCCUGUGGCCCUGGUAUGUGGCAAUACCUAUGUUAUCAAACCAUCAGAGAGAGACCCAGGGGCAUGUAUGAUGCUGGUAAAGAUGGCGCAGGAUGCUGGAGUACCCGAUGGUGUUCUCAAUGUUAUCCAUGGAGCAAGAGAUGCUGUUAGAUUCAUUUGUGAUGAUCCAACCAUCAGAGCAAUAUCUUUUGUUGGGUCCGACCAAGCUGGCAAAUUUAUAUAUGAACGCGGAUCAAUGAAUGGAAAGCGUGUCCAGAGCAACAUGGGAGCCAAGAACCAUGGUGUCAUCAUGCCUGAUGCMAGUAAAGAGAGUACAAUAAAUCAGCUUGUAGGUGCUGCUUUUGGUGCAGCAGGUCAGAGAUGCAUGGCUUUGUCGACUGCCAUCUUUGUUGGAGAAACAAAGGAGUGGAUUCCUGAGAUUGUUGAGAAGGCCAGGCAACUCAAAGUCAAUGCAGGUGAUCAACCAGGUACAGAUCUUGGUCCAGUUAUUUCWCCUCAGUCUAAGAAGAGAAUCUGUGACAUAGUACAAACUGGAGUUGAUCAAGGAGCUAGUCUGGAUCUUGAUGGGCGAGAUAUUGUUGUCCCAGGUUAUGAAAAUGGCAACUUUGUUGGGCCGACAGUUCUGUCCAAAGUCAACCCUGACAUGACAUGUUAUACGGAAGAAAUCUUUGGGCCUGUCUUAGUCGCCAUGGAAGUUGAUACCAUGGAUGAAGCCAUCGAUAUUAUCAAUAAAAAUCCUUAUGGCAACGGAACAGCUAUCUUCACCAACUCUGGUGCCAUCGCAAGAAAGUUCCAACAAAAGGCAGACGUAGGACAGAUUGGUGUCAACGUACCUAUCCCUGUACCACUACCAUUCUUCUCCUUCACUGGCUCCCGUGGUUCAUUCCUUGGAGAUGCCCACUUCUAUGGGAAACACGGUGUCAACUUCUACACAGGAGUAAAGACAAUCACUAGUUUAUGGAGGGAUGAAGAUGCCAAGCCACAAAAGCUGCAGGCUGCUUUCCCACAAAUCAAUAAAUAAGCAAAUAUUCUAAGUCCGAAGUCCACUUAGAUGCACAGCUGAAAAGAAUGGUAAACGGAAUGGUGUUAAAUGGAACUGAAUGAGUACAUGGGUAACCUUUGGGUUAUUCGUCCGAAAAUAAUAUAUGACUUGAAAAAUGUGGCCCUGGUAUUUUUUUUACUCGUAUGUAAUAUCUAAUUUAAUUCAUAUGCAUUAAACUAUCGACUUGUCUUAUAA